AGAGAGAGAGAGAGAGAGAGAGAGAGAGAGAGAGAGAGAGAGAGAGAGAAUGGAGUCGUGCUGGGUUCGUCUCCUUGUUCUUCUCUUUGGGGUGCUCGUUCUUCCUGCAAUGGUGGAGUGCAGAGUUCGACACUAUAAGUUCAAUGUGGUGAUGAAGAACAUGACGAGACUAUGCUCCACCAAGCCCAUCGUCACCGUCAAUGGGAAGUUGCCAGGACCCACCCUCUACGCCAGGGAAGGCGACAACGUGCUUGUCAAGGUCGCCAACCACGUCAAGUACAACGUUACUAUUCACUGGCAUGGUGUUCGACAGCUCAGAACGGGCUGGGCCGACGGGCCAGCGUACAUUACCCAAUGCCCGAUCCAGACGGGCCAAAACUUCAUCUACAACUUCACGAUCACGGGGCAGAGAGGGACGCUUCUCUGGCACGCGCACAUUCUGUGGCUGAGAGUGACCCUGCACGGCGCCAUCGUCAUCUUGCCGAAGCGUGGCGUCCCCUAUCCCUUCCCCAAACCCAGCAAGGAAUAUGUUAUCAUCUUGGCUGAAUGGUGGAAAUCGGACACCGAAACCGUGAUCAACCAAGCUAUGAGUCAGGGAUUGGCGCCAAAUGUCUCGGAUGCUCACACCAUUAACGGACAUCCCGGGCCUGUCCCGGGUUGCCCUUCAGAACGUAGCUAUACGUUGCCGGUGGAGAGCGGCAAGACCUAUCUGCUGCGGAUUGUCAAUGCUGCACUCAAUGAAGAGCUCUUCUUCAAGAUCGCGCAGCACAACCUAACCGUGGUGGAAGUCGAUGCCACGUAUGUGAAACCGUUCCAAACGGACACCAUCCUGAUUACUCCAGGUCAGACCACAAACGUCCUCCUCACUACGAACCAAAACGCCGGCAAGUACUUGAUCACCGCCUCCACAUUCAUGGAAACGGCCAUCGUAGCCAUCGACAACGUGACCGCAAGCGCGGCCGUGCACUAUUCCGGCACCCUCGCCAGCGCCUCCACGGUGCUCACCAAACCGCCUCCUCAAAAUGCCUCCGCCGUGGCCAACAGCUUCAACAACGCCCUCCGGAGCCUCAACUCGAAGAAGUACCCGGCCAAGGUCCCAAAGACCGUCGAUCACAACCUCUUCUUCACGGUCGGCUUAGGGGUCAACCCCUGCCCCACUUGCACAGCCGGGAACGGAAGCAGGGUCGUGGCGGCCGUAAACAAUAUCUCAUUCGUGAUGCCGACGAUCGCCCUCCUACAAGCUCAUGUCUUCAACAUUAGCGGGGUCUUCACGACCGACUUUCCUGGUAACCCUCCGACGACAUACAACUACACUGCGACGCCGCCGCAGAACGCGAGCGUGCCGACCAUGAACGGCACCAAGGUCUACCGGUUGCCGUAUAACGCUACGGUCCAGCUCGUUUUACAGGACACCGGGAUAAUCGCGCCGGAGACCCACCCCAUCCAUCUGCACGGAUUCAACUUCUUCGGUGUGGGCAAAGGAGUGGGGAAUUAUGACCCAAAGAAGGAUCCCAAGAAGUUCAAUCUGGUUGACCCAGUGGAGAGGAACACCAUUGGAAUCCCAUCUGGUGGAUGGAUAGCCAUCAGAUUCAUAGCAGACAAUCCAGGAGUUUGGUUCCUGCACUGCCAUCUGGAAGUGCACACAACUUGGGGACUGAAGAUGGCAUUCUUGGUGGACAAUGGGAAGGGGCCUAAAGAGACCCUGCUUCCACCUCCAAGUGAUCUUCCAAAUGUUGAUCAUUUGAUCAUGAGGACGACAAGCGAUUACUAAUGACACCAAGUUAGUGGAAUUUCUCAUUGAAAAAGAAGAAGAAGAGCAAGAAGAAUAAGAAAGAUGAGGAGAGAAGCCAUAGAAGAUUUGACCAAGAAGAGAGGGCAAUAAACCAAAGAGACCCUUGAGAUCACGACAUCCCGCAAUUGUUUCUAGAGUAAUAGAAGGAUUUACUCGACACUGCUACAAUAAAUUAAGGAAGACAAGGAAUUUGGUUUUUUCCUUGGAGGAGUGUAAUUUGUUUUUUGGCAAGCUAUACAUGAAUACAUGGAAUAAAGAAAGAGAAUUCUGAGAUA